UAGAUUCUGGACUCCUCCCCCCACCCAAACCCUCGCCUCCGCCGCACCAUCACCGUGCCGCCGCCGCCAGCGCUGAUGGACGGGCCCGUAGAGGAUCCCUUCCUCCGCCUUUCGCCGGAGCUCGUCGAGGAGGUCCUCCUCCGCCUUCCGCCGGAGGAGCCCGCCUGCCUCGUCCGCGCCUCCGCCGUCCGCAAGCCCUGGCGCCGCGUCCUCGCCAGCGCGGGCUUUCGCCGCCGCUACCGUGAAUUCCACGGACCACCUCCGGUCCUCGGGAUCGUCCAAGAGGACGCCAGCUUCCGCCCCAUAUCGGCGCUCCCUGCCCAGCCUGUCCGCUCCCGCUGGGCUAAAGUGAAGGCCCUGGACUGCCGCCACGGCCGCUACCUAUUCGAGUCCUACAGCCGGUACUUCGGGGAAGGGGAGCCCGUUUACAUAACCAUCGCGGACCCUCUGACGGGCCACGAGCUCCGCCUGCGCACACCGGUGGACGACGGCGUGCUCUGGUUCAGCGCGGCGGUGCUCUGCGCCGCACAAGGCUGCGACCACCAUGGUUGCCAAGGAGGGCACUUCUGUGUGGUCAUCGUGACCACCAAUCAUCAGAAAAAAGUCACAGCGGGAUGGAUGUACUCGUCGGAGACUCGUGUGUGGACCGAGCUCACCUCUGUUCAUCACCCCGAUAUCACCAAGUAUACCUAUAACCGAGGUUCGCCAAGCGUCCUUGUGGGUGAUGCACUCUACUUUGACUUGGAUGGCAUUAUCAAGUGCCAACUUGGUACACUUCGCUUGUCAAUGUUUGAGAGGCCGACCGAUGCCAAGGGGCAUGUCAUGACGGCGGAAGAUGGGGGGCUCGGAUUCGCUGCCGUGGUUGAUGUCACAAACCUGACCAUUUGGUCAAUGCAGACCGGACCAGAGGGAGCCAUGGGAUGGGCAAAACUCAGGGUAAUCGAUCUUACGACGCUGCUCCCUGACAGGGCCCUUUCGAUUCCAGCACCUGAAGAUGGAAUUAGUGGCAUCGCCGAAGGCACCCAAAUCAUUUUUGUGAGCUCAUGUGUUGGUACCUAUAUGGUCGAUCUCAAGUCAAGGCGAGUUAGGAAGGUAUCUGAUCCUGGCAGAAAAGUCUUUCCCUACAUGAGAUUCUACAUCCCAGCAAUGGAAGCAGCUUCUAUGGGCCAGGGGCAGUGAGCUGGUGCUUUAGUGUUUGUCAAGCUCUACUUGCUGGAGCAAGUUGGUGGAGGUGGAAGUAGUGAUGUUUUGCACAAGUAUGGCUCUGCAUCUGUGAGGUUACUGCUGGUGUUAGUUUUGGGCUCUGGAACUUCGUUAGCAAGUUGUUGCUUCCGUGCUUUGCAGUUUGUAAAGAUCUUUUCAGUCAUUUUGUGAUCUUGUGAAAUAUGCUGACACGAGCGCGACUCAAAGAUUGUUUGCCAUGGGAAAA